UUUUUCCUAAUUCUGUCUAAAAGGACACUCUCCUUUCGUAGUGGUAGAUGAUGUAGGGCCGCACUCAAUACUCGAAAAUUCUACUUCCUGAAAACCCUAAUUUCUACGUCUCCUCCUUCCGCAGCAGAUCGAAAUCUUGAUCAGAAGAAAUGAAGCGAAAGCGUGGAAGGCCUAAAAAAUCCGUCGUGAAAGAUUCAAUUCCACCUCCUCCUCCUCCAGUGAAUGCAGAUGAAGCAGUGUUUUUGAAUUUUGUUGGUCAGAAUGUUAAUGAAAAUGUCAAUCAAAAUGAAAAUGAAAAUUCUGAAUCAGUUGAACUUAAUAGGAAUAACAACAACAAAAAAAAAGAUAAUAAUAAUAAUUAUGAUAAGAUUAGUAAUAAUAAUUUUAAUCAACUUAAUGGUGACGAUUUGGAGUUUACUUCAUCAUCAUCAUCAGCAUCUUCUUCUUCUUCUUCUUCUUCGAGUGAAGAAGAAAGUGAUGAAGCGUCGUUUAAUGUUUCUGAUGGACCAGCAGCGGAUAGGAGAGUAAAAACAGUAGCUAAAAGGCGCGGUAGGCCUAAGAAAGGAGAAGCUUUUAGAAAAGGUACAAAUGCUAAUGCUAAUGUGAAUGCUGCUGCUGCUAUGGUUAUGUCAUCUAGAGGAGGAGGAGCGAACUCUAAUGUUAUGUCAUCUAAAGGAGGAGGAGUAAACUCUAAUGUUAUGUCAUCUAAAGGAGGAGGAGUAAACUCUAAUGUUAUGUCAUCUAAAGGAGGAGGAGGAUUCAGUUCAAUGAGUAGGAAACAAUUACCUCAAUUAAGUAAGAAGCCAGUUCAGGAUCCUCGGUACAAUAAGAAAGCAUUGAAUGCUUCUUUAGCGGUGAUUAAGAAGGUGAUGGAAAUGGAUGAGGCUGUACCUUUUAACUCUCCUGUGGAUCCUGUUGCUCAGGGAAUACCUGAUUAUUUUACUGUCAUAGAUACACCAAUGGAUUUUGGAACAAUAUGUAGCAAUCUUGAAAAUAGUGUGAAGUACAUGAACUCAGAGGAUGUUUACAAGGAUGUAGGAUACAUUUGGGAGAAUUGUUGCAGGUUCAACAAAAAGGGCGACUAUAUCAUGUACUUAAUGAAGAGGGUGAAGAAGAAGUUUAUGAAAUACUGGGCAGCAGCGGGACUAAGUGGUGAGAUUCUGGCGAAGCCUAGUGGGAAUUCUUACUUGGCACCUUCUAGUAAUCAUGCUAUGAGGCACAGCAGACAUGAAGCAAUGUCUGUGGUGAACCAUCUGGUUAAUCCCAAUCAAAUGCAGCAUGCUAGAUUUGGCACCAGCCAACCUCAAGUACCCCUAUCAAGCUACAACCUGCAUUAUCAGUCUCAUCAGCCUCAGCCAAGCAUUGUACAAGGGCCACAAUUUUCUCAGAUUCAGGCUGGUGUGGAUACUAGUUAUACAGGACAUCUGCCCAUGCCAGGACCACCUGUUACAGUCCUUAAUAUGGAGCGGAAAAAACACACACCUAGGCACCCAAUUGUCCCUAUGAUGAGUGGCCCCCCAACACAUUCCCAUCAACAACAACCCCAACCAAGCUCAUGUUAUUUAUGGCAGUCACAGCACAGCACGGGAAUGCCACAGCCAUCUCAUUCGCAUAUCGGUGCAGAUAUUAAUAAUGCAGGACAUCUGCACCUCCCUUCUAUGGAUGGUCCCAUGACAUAUGAUGGAUGUGUGCCUAGGUCUUCAAUGGAUCCUAUGCUUAGCAGCAUCAGCCAACCACAACCCCAACCCCAACAUCACCUGCCAAACCACCGCCAAGCCAGUGAAUCACACCAGCCUCAGGUAACCAUUGCACAGCCUCGGACAGCCAUUGUGCAGCCGCAGCCCUCCCAACCACUGGCUAGUGCAGACAUUUCCAGUUCAGGCAUGCCACACGCGGAUGCUGGCAAGAGGGAAAGAAGACAUAUGGAUAGGUACUCUGCAGGCCCCGGGACAGAAAUUGCUUUGGUCUCGGGCAAUUCCCUGCCUCAGCAGCCCUCUGCAAGCCACAACCACAUGUAUAAGUCAGAGCACUCUGCGCUUGGGAAAAAGAGGAAGGUUCGAGGUCCCACUCGGUGCCGCCUUAUGUGGGAUUUGCCUGAAGGUGAGCGGAUAUUUAUUCCUAUCAAUAUGCUGGGGCAGCCUAUUGGUCCUGAAGCAUCCAAGUUGGCUUCCUUCCUUGGUACUGUAGCACGGGAUGGUAAGAUGGCACCACUUAAUUUUUUGGACUGGUCAGCAAUGCCUGAAGCAAACAAAGAGGAGAUGUGGCAGUUUGUGCAGACAAAGUUUGAGAUGGAUCCCAUAUGCAAGAGUUGGGUCUUGAAGUCUCUUGCAUCAAAAUGGAGGAACUGGAAAGCAAAACUGAAGGCGGAUCAUUAUAACCCUCAUGCGACUGAUGAAGAGCGUCUGAAAGACUGUAACAAAAGAGUCCUCCCUGAUCAAUGGGCAGCUCUUAUAGCCCAUUGGAACUCUGAAGAGGUGCAGCUACGCUGUGCUAAGAAUAAGGCCAACCGUGCAAAGCAGAAGAGUGCCCAUGCUGCAGGCUCAAAGAGCUUUGCAAGGAUACGAGAGGAAGAGAAUGCAAAGAGGUCUAAUGGGAAGGAACUUACUAGAGGAGAGCUAUAUAUCCUGACCCGUACACGCAAGGAUGGACAGCCUGUGGAUAGCACAGCAGCUGAAAUGAUAGCAAAACUUCGGGAACAUGCAACUCAGAAACAGCAGAUUUCAGAUGGAAGCAAUGACUGCGCGGAUACGUACUGCCAGGUUAUGGGAGAAGACAAGCGUAGCCAUGUACGUAUGUAUGGGUUGGGUCCCAGCCCUUCUGAUAUUUAUGGCCGAAAACCUAGCCGUAAUAGUCUCAUGAGGAUGGCUAUAGAGGCCAAAAGAUCAGCUAAUGAGGAGGUAAGCAAGAUGUUGAAUAAGAUGGAAGCUAUGGAGCAGAAGUAUGCAUCCUUGGAAGCCCAGAUAGCUAGUAUGUCUACAAAUUUGCAGAAUGUCAUUGACAAGAUGGAUGCCUUGAGUUCAAAACAGGUUCCUAAUAAUGCUGCUGAGGAUUCACUGCAGGCACAAGUACACUCCUCAUCAUCAAGUCAUGCAGUGGAGUUAUUUUUCCCAUUCAAGGCGAAGUGGACUGGUUUAGCUGCCCCAUUGUUGCAUGUUAUGGGGACUUGACUUUGGGUUAUUCACUUGCUUGCACCAUUGGCCUCUGUUUAGACUUCAUGACAUUUUGGAACACUUCUACUGGUGUUGGUUUGUUCUUGCUGCUGUGCUUGUUGUGCCUUUAUAUAGGUUGACCAUAGAGAGGAGGCGUGAUGCUCAAUGGACCUUCUUUAACUCGGCUGAAACACUAGACAACUUUUUAUGUCUUUUGCAACCUGUAAUCCGAGUGUAGGCGUGAGUUAUGAUCAUGGCUGGUGUUAAAUUGCCAGUGGGGAGUUCCCGUUCUGCUGCACGUAAGCUGAGGAAAGUUUUGGGUCUUUUCUGUUAAAUAAUUUUUCAUUUUUAAUGUAAUUGGUACUCUUUUCUGUUAAAUAAUUCUUCAUUUUCAGUGUAAUUGGUAGUCUUUUCUGUUAAAUAAUUCUUCAUUUUUAGUGUAACUGGUAGAGUUUUUCUUCACGUUCA